GUCUCGAUGCAAUUAUACGAACACUGCACGUUAGGGUCGCAACAAAGUGGAAAAAGUUCCGUGGCUAAACGCUUCGUGCCACGAAUGGGAGUCCGAAGGGAACUACCAAGUGAGCGAGCCCUAGCAACCCUCUUCUCUUCCUCCUCGUCUCCCUUUCGGUGAUUGGCAUUGCUCGUCUAUUGAUUGGAACUGAAACCCUUCUCGCCCCUUGUUGGAGGUGGCGAGGCGGCUUGGAUCUGGGGAAGAGAUCUCUCAAGUCAGGUUUAAGGAGGUGGAAUCUUGAAGAGUUUCAGCUUUUGAUUACUCGUGGAGAGCAAUGUCGAGCGAUCUACCGAUUAGCCCGGAGCUUGAAGAGAUCGAUGGCAAGAUCCAGGACAUCUUCCGAGCACUUCAGAACGGAUUCCAGAAAUUGGAUAAUAUUAAAGAUUCUAACAGACAGUCUAAACAGUUGGAGGAGCUUACAGGGAAGAUGAGGGAAUGCAAGCGGUUAAUUAAAGAAUAUGAUCAAGAACUUAAGAAUCAAGAGAAUCAAAAUCCUCCAGAGGUUAAUAAAAAACUCAAUGAGAAGAAGCAGACCAUGAUCAAGGAACUCAACUCAUAUGUGGCCUUGAGGAAAACGUACCAAAGUAGCCUCGGUAAUAAAAGAGUUGAACUCUUUGAUAUGGGUGCUGGAACCAGUGACCCUGUAGCUGAGGACAACAUUAAGAUGGCAUCAGAUCAUGGCCUACUGUUAUCCUGUGGUGAGCCUCCAGUGGUGUCUUGGGUUGGGCAAGUGUUUCAACUGCAUUUCACAUCUUGGCACUUGCAUGGUUCAGAGAUGUCUAAUCAAGAGCUCAUAUAUGCUGGAAGGCAGCAGAUGGAUGAGACUGAUCAAGCUAUUGAACGAUCAAAGAUGGUUGUAGAGCAAACCAUCGAAGUAGGUACUCAAACUGCUGCUAAUCUUAAGGGCCAGACAGAGCAAAUGGGUCGAAUUGCUAAUGAGCUGGACACUAUCCAAUUCUCAAUCAAGAAGGCUUCUCAGUUGGUAAAAGAGAUUGGUAGGCAGGUUGCUACAGAUAAGUGCAUCAUGCUCUUCCUAUUUCUUAUAGUUUGUGGUGUAAUUGCAGUGAUCAUCGUGAAGAUUGUGCGUCCGAACAACAAGAGCAUUCCUGAUAUACCUGGAUUAGCGCCUCCAGCUCCAACAGGAAGGAAAUUACUGUCUGCUUAAUUUCCGUCAGUAUCUUUUGUGAUCAGGAGAUGUUUGGGUUACCAUGUCUAAAGAAUGACGAAGACGGAGAAACUUAAGUGUCAUGAAUGCCGUGUGAUAAUUCUUUUAUAUCUUGUAUAUGAUGUUCUCGUUAUGCUCUUGUUGUCAUAAAUAUGGUUCCUAGAUUGUUUAUUUUUAUAGAGGUAAUCUGCCAUUUGCUUGGCAGAUUUCCUGACACGGUUCUCUCUUGUAAUGUUGUAUUGUGAUUGAUUAGAGCAGAAUAUUGGAUCAUUCUUGCUGUGAGUG